UACUAAACAGGCGCCUGGUGCCUGGUGAGUGACCUGAUUGCGUCUGCGCCAGUUAAAAACAGACUGAACAUGUCCCAGUUUGUUGGUCCAAAUGGAGAAAAUGAUGUAAUGAUAGAAGGAUCAUGUGGAGGUCCCUACAUGGUUGAAAAGAUAGUUGGAAUAUAUAUGGGGAAGGAUAAGAAGAAGUAUUAUCGUGUAAAGUGGAUUGAUUCUUGGGAGCCUGAAGAGAACUUGUCAGAGGCGUGUCAAGGAUUAAUCAAUGAGUUCUGGACAGGAACAACUCUUGACCCAUCUGGAAAGAUUAUCAAAAAAGAUGAGUUAAAGCAAGGGUUGAAGGUGAUCAAGAAAGAGGUUGCUCAACCAUCUACAGAAACAAAGGUUUUUCCUCAAGCAAAUUCUUGCAUACCUUUUAACAAAAAGCCUGAUGAAGGCGCAAUCGCCGCACCAGUAGCUUUACAUGCACCGUUGAAAUCUGAGGCUUUGACACCCUCUGUCGACCAGCCAACUGGCGAAAUGAUUGAUAAUGGUAUAUCGAAAUUCAGUGAGAAACUGUCACCAACAGACCCUCCACGUUUGACGCGUAUGCAUGGCCAUGUAGAACUCAGUAAAGCUAUGGCUCCCGCGUCCCCAGCAAGAAUAUUGUCAGAAAUAUCUAACGAAGCAGAAAGUGCAACUUCUCUACCGUCUAUGACAAGUAAUAACUAUGUCAAAAGAUCGGAAUCAGAUGUCAGCUUUAAACCACUCACCGAGAGUAAAAAGCCGAACCAAAAGCCAACCACGUCGAACCAUUUGAACAGUCCGAGCACAAGUACUUGUCCGGAAGUUAGUUCAAGAUUGAAUUUUUACCACAAAACUCGUAUAGGCGAGUCAGACGAUGAAGCCGGGUCUGAUUGCGUUGAAAGUCCUAUGAGGUCUAUCGGGCUGCAGUGUCAAGUAUCUCUUAAUGAGGCUCAAGAAUCGAACAACACUGUCGAACUUCGAACAGAAACAGCAGAUGCUGUUGAUGUACACAGCGAUGACGAUGUGGAAAUUACUGUCUCCAUCGAGUCGCCACUUAAACGAAAAAGAGGACGUGGGAGACCUCCCUCAAGUUCAUCAGUACACAUUACUCCUCCAUCUAAACGAAGACGGGACCUGAUGUCAAUGUCAGCACCAAAUCAUUUACGCUCUCCUAAUCAACACAGAAAUAGUUCCAUGUCGGUUGAUAAAGCCGUAAAAAGCACUAGACCAAUACACCCUCGCCGUCUGUUACAUCAGUCAAGUCUCAGCGAUGGAGAGCAAAGUGCCAUCCCCUCAAACCCUGUUUGUCAUAGUACAGCUCACACUAAAAACCGAAGGCAUUCCGAAACUGUUACAUCUAGUCAAAAUAUACAACAAGAUUUUUUCGAAUCGCAAAAUCAUCCACAACGACUGCGGCAACAUGAACCACAUUAUGUUUCAACUGGAAACACGAACGCUGAACCUAGCCGACAUCUGCCGACAUUUGUUAGUGCGUCGACCGAGAGUUCGACAACGACGUUUAUCUUGAAGGAGAGAACAUGUACAAUUUGCAAAUACACAUUCGCUAACAUUACUUUGGCGCGCCAACACGUCAAAAAAAUCCACUCGAGUCCUUCAGAUACCUCCCUUUUGACUUGUGAUGUAUGCAGCGCGAUGUUUAAAACCAAUCGGGAUUUAAAAUCGCAUAUGUUAUUACACGAAGACCACACUUCGUAUCAAUGCGAAGUUUGUCUACGAGCCUUUAAGAAACGCGUUUUGCUGAAUCAGCACAUGCUGAUACAUUCCCAGGAUCUACCAUUUUGUUGCGAGAUUUGUAACAAAAAAUUUCGUCAACAAAGCCAUUUGAUACUUCACAUGGGGAGACAUGGUCGUAAUAACGAAGCUGUGUACACCUGUCCUCACUGUUUGCAAGAUUUUACUGAUGAAAGUUUGUUUACAAAUCACAUGAGGCAACACGAUGCUGAGCUACCAUUUUGCUGCAAUUCAUGUCAAGAGAGAUUUAAACAAAAAAGUGAUCUUCUCCUGCAUCUGGACGGACACAACGAGGGGCGACCUUUCACAUGUCAUAUUUGCAAAAAAUCAUUCAAAAUGAAAACGUAUUUAUACGGACACAUGCAAAUGCAUAAAGUGCAAAAGAUUAAACAGACGGCAGCCGAUAGUACAACAACGGUCGAACAUGAAGAGCCGAAAGAAGUGAAAAUAAAAAAACAAAGAACAAAUUAACAAUAUUUUGUGGCGUGCGCCCUCCCUCGUUCAUGUAUUUUUUCGGUCUUCUUUGCAGUGUUUUAUUUGUGAGUGAAUACUUUUGUUGUAAGGUUUUAAAGAAAACCCGCCGAAAAUAACAACAAGUUAAAAUGACAAACCAAAAAACAAUGUACAAAUUUACGUGUAUUGUAUAUAACAUAUUUUUUGUUUAUAUGUAAAAUAUAAAGUUUUAUCUCAUAUA